UUCAGCUGGAGGGCUGGCCCUGUGGCUGCAGGGCUGGUUCUGCAGCUACAAGCUGGCCUUCUGACUGCAGGGCUGGCCCCAGGGGCAGACAUGGCAGCCUUCGGCCGCAAAAUGUCCGUGUCUCUCUUGCCAUGCUUAAUUUGACAUGAACCUCUCUCAGGGGCCUGGCUUCCGUUCUCCAUUCCAUCGUGUAUCCGUGUGUGUCUCAACCUCAAAACACAUGUAUCAGAAGAGCAGAGGCCGUCGCAAACCACAUCAUAAGUGAAUGCAUCCGAUCCAAAUCAUGGAUCGCAGCAGCCAAAUUAACGCCGACAUGGCCAACCCACCAAUGUCACAUCUUGGCUUGCAAGAGAGAGACGAAAACGGCGGAUGUCGUGCGCAUAAAUUUGGGUCUCAGAGGGGUGGGGCGACGGACCGCCUUAAUUGUUUUUGACGGCCUGCCCUCCCGCCGACUCCCAUGUGUUUCUUACAUGGGUGUGUGUACUGUAUAUGUAUCUGUAUGUGUCUGUGGGGAGGCAGACAGAGCCAACAAACGAGUGACCGCUCGAGAGCGAUUGCCACAUGUGAUGCUGCUCUGCUGCCUUGCCUCUCCUCUACCGCACUGCACUGUACUGUACUGUACCCAGCUUCAAGCGCACGUGUGUGUGGAGUGGAGCAAGAAAGACAAAAAGAGAGAGACACUACCGCCUCACUACCGCAUGAAUGAAUGGCAUUAGGGCAGCAUGUAUGGACGUACAGAAAAUUGCCCGGCCGGCUGCAUGGCCAUGCAGCCAUGCACAUGUGCGUACAUGUACGUAUCGAAAAACGCCGACCAUAUCACUGACCUAUGGCAGCCCCUUGUCUUGCCGCCCUCCCUGCUCGAUGCCGACCGAGUUGACGAUAACCACCAUACACCAACCACCAUCUUCCAAGGAUGCGGCCCGUUAUAGGAAGGCAUCUUUGAACUGUUGGAUCAGCUCUGCAUUUGCCUCCAGGGCCUCGAGUUGCGCUUCGACAAGACCUGCACAAGAGACGGAGCCACAGGCAGGCAGAAGACAGACAGACCGGGGUGGGCACAUACACAUACACACAUACGUACCUGCAAAGUCUUCGGCGGUGCAAUUCGGUGGCAACGUGUCGCGGAAGGUGCCAACGAGAGUUUGAAACGCAUCCUCGUUGCCCAUGAAAUCCACGAGAAGGCCAGCUGCACGCGACGGACACCACACUUUUCACACAUUCAGCUAGCUGGCUGUGAUCGGCUGUGUCUGUCUGGCUCGUCCAUCGAUUCAGCUUACGGACACGCACGUGCUCACUUACCGAGUAGGGCAGCGAGUUCCUCGCAGUCCUGUUCCUUGACGGCCUUGCUGCCCUCCUUCUGCUUGCCAGCCGUCUUGCCGGGUAUCACGGGAGUGGCAUCGGUAGGGCAGGUGAAAGUCAUGGUCUUGAGUGCAGCAGUGAAAGCGUCGACCUGGUCGGGAAGUAGCUGCUGUUUCACUUUCUCUAGCGCUGCGUCUGUCACCACACAUGAGUCAGACGAGACGAGCAGCUUGCAUCGAGUUAUAUACUGUGUGACAACCUCGUGUAUUGUACCCAUGAAGCCAUCGAGGCCUCCUGAAGAUUGGCAGAUGAUCAAUCCGUAGAUACCCAGGAAGAAGUCAAUGGCUGCCCCAUCACCACCAUUGGCGCCCGUGAAUAUGGAAACUGAAGACAGCGAGAGAGAGACGCCGAUGGAAAUGCCGUUGUCUUCGCCUUCCUGCCUUGCGAGAAUCGCUCUCUGCUCAUCCAUCCAUGUGUGCAUGCUUACUCAUGAUGACAAUCAGCACAGUAAAACUAAUAGUGAACUGUUCCUUGACGGCCUUGCUGCCCUCCUUCUGCUUGCCAGCCGUCUUGCCGGGUAUCACGGCAGUGGCAUCGGUAGGGCAGGUGAAAGUCAUAUCCUUGAGUGCAGCAGUGAAGUCGUCGACCUGGUUGGGGCUGGUGGAGAUCAUCUUCGCUUCGACAGAAUCUAGAUGUCAUCACACACGCAUCAGACAAGUGGGUGUGUGACACAUACUGUCUGAUGCGCCGCGUCGCGUACCGAAGAAGCCAGACAGGCCUCCUGAGGAUUGGCAGAUGAACAAUCCGUAAAUACUCAGGAAAAAGUCAAUGGCCUUGCCAUCACCGUCACCGCCCGUGAAUAUGGAAACUGAACACAGCCAGAGAGAGACACCCAUCGGAAAUGCUCUUGUCUUCGCCUGCCUUGCGAGAAUCGCUCUCUGCUCAUCUAUCCAUGUGCGCGCGCUUACUCAUGAGCACAAUGAGCACUGAAAUAGUCUGUUCCUGGACGGCCUUGUCGCCCUGCUUCUCCUCGCUGCCUGCCGCGUCGGAGGCCUGCCGCAAGGCGUCAAUCAGCUCGUCAAUCUUCGCGUCCGUCAGGCCAAGCUUGCCGGCCUGGAUGCGCAGCUCCUCAAUGAUGUCAGCUGCACAGCGAGACGGCCAAUCGUGGGUGCAUACGUGUCCUCUUGUCAUCAGCUGUCCUCCCUCCCUCCCUCCCUCCCUCCCAUGUGUGUGUGUGUGUGUCGGUCUCGAUGUAGGUGUACCAACCAAUAGAGAGGUCACUGAGCUUGAAGAGCGCCGUCGCAGUGUCGAUGCAGCUGGCGUCUUGACAGAUGGACAGGAACAACCGGACUGAGACAUCACACACACACAUGGCAGCACAGACACAAGAGCAGAUGUCAGUCAGUCAGUCUGCCUGUCACCCUGCCGCGCUGUGUGUGGUAUGCGUGGAUGCGUACCGAACUGUUCAGGCUUGAGAAAACCGGGGAUGGUGACAAUAGGGCCCUGCUCCUUGCCCCUCUUGCUGCCCUUGUCCUUCUGCUGCUUGCCCUUGUUGUCUUUGCACACAACGGGGUUGUCGGCGUCGAUCCCUUCAAGCGCGUACUGCACCGACACAGUGAACUGGACACUGUCGACAGCCUCUGGACGCACACCCAACACAGGCGGGGGGAAGGGGAACGAACGACGAAUGGGUUCUUCCAGUCAGCUCUCUCUCUCUCUCUCUGGAUGUGUGUGUGUGUGUGUGCCGGUGUGUGUGACGACACCAGCUUACUUACCGAGGAGUUUGUCGAGGCUCUCGGGAGGCACCGUCGAGCUGACAAACUUGGCCACCUCACUGAAGCAUUUGUCGCGAAUCCUCACUUGGUUGCAGGGGCCCUCAAGGUAUGCUUCUGAGAGGACGGACGGCACCACCGACAGGCAGAUAGAGACACAUGGGACGGAUGGAUCUGUUCGGUGCGUGAACCAAGUGCGUACUUAUGACUCUUGCGAUCUCGUCCACCUUGGCCGCAAAGUCAGCAGGGUGACUGGUGCCUGAAGCGGUCGUGGUAUUAGUCACGUCUCCAGUCGUCUUCAUGACAGACACGUCAGAUACUUCAGUCUUAUUGGUUGGCUGAGAUACUUCUCUCUUGUCGAUUGUCGUAUCCUCCUUCUUGGCGGUGCUGCCCUGUGACCGCCGGCAGAUGACUUGGUCUGAGCAGGCGAGCGUCGAGAAAUCCAGCAGGGCCUGACUCACAGGCUCCAGCUGUGUCCACGCAUUGAACUUGGCUGCGAACUCUGGAGCACGGGUGGUGCCCUCGUCGGCGUCCACCGCCUUGACAGUACACCACACAUCAGCUGCAGCCACCCACGCACGAACGCACGCACCCACCAAGAUAUGUCGAGUCGUGUGCGUGCUGUUUUGGCGUGUGCCUCACUGGCAAGUGACUGAGCGGAUGCCUGGUUGGCCCCCAGGCCGAGUUGCCUGAACGCCGAGUUAACCAAAGCCUGUCUCAGGUCUUCACCAGCGGCAUCGACGGCCUUAAUAGCCUUGUACGAGAAAGCUGCAUACACACACACACACACACAGACACACACAUCCAUGUGGUGCACAUGAAUGUUGCAUGUCCGUCCGUCUGUCUGUCUGUCUGUCUGAAUGUGUGUGAGUACCGAGCUGAUCCACAAGCAGGGGGUUGUAGUCUUUGAGGUUGACGAGGCACAAAAGAACAUAGCUGUCGACGUCGGCCGACUGGACCGGUAGGUCUCCGCACGCCUCGGGGGCGUCGAUCUCUUUGGUGCGAGCGCACCGGGCCCCUCCAUCCCUCCCCGUGGCUGUGCUGGCAGCCGUCUCAGCAGCCUCUACGAUCUUUUCUAUCUGAUCCUCACGUAGACCGGCUUUAGUCGCCAAAUCCCUGAUGGACAGGACAGCAGGACGAUGGGUGGUCAUGACCGAUGAAUGUAUCCAUGUGUCUGUGUGUAUGGCCGCUUACGUAACCACAGCUAUAUCGAACGUGAACAGGUCGCCGAGCUCGAGGGCGAAGACUUCAAGUAGUCUCUCUUCGACAUCGUUCUCGAAGACCUCCUCCGCAAUGACCGCCUCCAAAAGCUUCAAAGUCGUUUCAAAGUCGUCAAGCGCGCCACCGAACAGGUUCUCAAGGAAGAGGGCCUCCUCCUGUGGGUCGAGUUUCUCGAGAAUGUCCUUGAGCAGCUCAAUCUCAUCAGCGGAGGUUUCCAGGAACUCCAUAGCAAUACCUACACAGAAGAGUUAGAGACCAAAGAUCCGUGUGCGAAUGUCUUGCGCGUGCCAGUCGCCUGCGCACCGAACAGCUUGGCAUCCUCAGCAACGUUGUUCGUGAUGCUAAGGAAGCAGCCGACUUCUGUGAUUGAGCAGGGGAAGUCCAUCUCCUUGCGCGCCUUUCCGCCCUUGGUGGCCUUCUUGGCCGGUUUGCCCUUCUUGUCCUUGCCGCCCUUCUUCUCCCCGGCUGUAUCCGACAACGAGCACGUGAGACUCGUCGGCUGUGGCAGCACUUUAUUGAGAGCCCCCAGCACAACACUGCACACACACACACACACACACGUACGGAGGGAGGGCGAAAGAAAAAGAAACAAACAUACAAUCCAUGCCGUGCAUUAAAGAGACAUGACGUGCGUCCCCGGGCUUACGUGCACAGCUCUUCAAAGCCUGUCUCUGCCUCAAAUGUGACGAUGAGAGUCUCGACGAGCGUCUCAACCGCCUCCGCGGAGAGUUUCUCGAGCAGCAUGUCUUCAGGCAGCUUCAGUAGGUCGACAAGCAGCUCCUCCGCAUCCUUGAGGCCGAGCACCUUGAAGAGCUCCUCAGCGAAGCUAUCGAGGGCAAUGCUCUUGGGAAGGUCGAGGAUUGAGAGGACUGCGCACACAUCCAGACACAGACACGACGGACAGGCACACAUGACAUCCAUCCGUGCGUCCACGCUUCCAAUCGUCACGUGUUUGUGGAGUACGUACCAAGAACUUCUGCCUCAUAGGUUUUGUUUGCGGCGAUGAGACAGUCCACAUAAUCCUCGACGGCCUUGUUAGCGAUCAGCUCCGGAGCGUCCAGAAAGUCGCACAUCGUUGCCAUCGCCGUCCGGUUUCGUCGGCGGCGGCGGCGUUGUUGGGCCGCUUCGACGGCCUCCUCAAAAUCUGCGACAUCUGCGGCCGGAAUAGACUCAAGAGAGCUCUGGACGGCAGCUGCAUGCAAAAAUCAAUCCCAUGGCCACUGCAUUGUCCAUCGUCCUCUGCCAUCUGUGUGUGGCGGGGUACUUACUGAUAAAUGGAGAAUCGGCUCCGAAGUCGUUGACGACUUGGUUGACGAGCUCUUGCUGCUCUUCAGUGGGGCCGUCGACAAGGUUGGGGUCAUCCAGCACCACGAAAACCGCAGCUGCAUAGACGGCCGACAUCCAAGGCGACACAUGCUGUUUGUGUUUGCUGUUGUUGUUUCACUCAGACGUACCAACGGCCGCCUCCUGGAAAUCUAGGCUCGGCAGAGAAUCGAUGCAGGAAGCGUAGAAAUCCUCCACAUCUUCUGGGCUGCUCAGGGUCGUCCUUCCAGCCAGAACAUCCUCCACGCAUCCCUGUUCUUUCUUGGCGGGUUGGUCUUUGGCGGCCAUUUUGGAGAGCUCCUUGCCCUUCUUCCUCGCAACUUCAGCAAUGACGUGUGUGAUGAUUACCUUGCCGUCAAGCUGGCACACAUACACACACAGGUGACCGCAACAGACAGGCAAUGAUGAACCAGAGAGUGAGUGAGCAUCCCCUGUAAUGCUGCAGUAAGAGCGUGAUUUGAGUGAGCACCUUGGUGGUCAGGAGGACGCUCUUGUUGCCCUUUCGGCGAGCCAUGCUGAUGACGGCUUGCAGCGCCUUGCGGUCCAACCCACUUAUGAGAUCACUGCAUCACACACACACACACACACAGAUAUAAGACGCGUUGAGCAUGUGCGCCUCGCACUCACGGGAUGGCUUUGUCGAGGCCCUUGUCAUUCUUGAAUGUGGCUACAAACCCUUCCAACAUGGCAGCCGCCACCGAUGGCGACUCGAACGUCCUGCCUGCGAUCAGGUGUUUCGAAGCGGCCAGGCCACGGCGACCGAAGAUUGCUGACGACCAACACAGCAACCAACAACCAAGCACCACAGACACACAGGACAGCUGACGUCUUUGUGUGCGUGUGUGUGUGUCGUGGAUGGCUACCACUGACUAGUUGCAGGGCGAGCUCAGGGUCGAAAGCCGAAAAGGCGGCCACCAAACCUCCUAGGGAGACAAUGGCACGGUAGCAUAGGAGGAGAGAUGCCAACAGUUGCCAAAAGAGUGCUUUCUCCGGGAACUGACCGAUAAUCGGUUGCAGCUCAGUCGCCGAGAGCUCAUCGAGGCACUCUUCGACAAAUUCGUCGACGUCAGGGAGCACAGCCGCCAAGUCGCAGCCCCAGUCGACUGGAAGACCCUCCAAAUCAUCAAUGAGCUCCUCCAGCGUCGAUUCCUUGACCGCCUUGUCCUGCUUGCUCUUUUUCUUGCGCUUGUCUACGCCAGCUUUGGGCUGCUGUCCCUUGAGCUUAGCCAUCGCCUUCUUGGCUGCGUCAGCAAAGUACGCCGCCACAGGCCUACCCUCAACUGUGAACGAGAGGAGGGAUGAGUCACCCCUGCCAGCAGCCGACCCGCCGAAUGUCUUCUCCAGCACGUCAAGGAGCAUUCUCGGCUCCAGGCUCUCCAGGAUCUUGGUGAGCUUCUUGCCAGCGCCCGGUGUGUCGGCAAACUGCUUGGUGUACUUGAGCAGGAAGGGGCCGGCGAGCUCGGGGUGGUUCUCGGGCUUGAACAGGUCGCUGUCGAAGAAGAGUCCGACCAGCUUGGUCGCCUCAGAAAGCCCCAUGUCCUCCAGGAUGAAAGGCAGCGCCUCCAAGUACUUAGGCAAGUUGACGAAAACAGUGACUGAGUGCAACAGUAAGGAAACCAAUCAGGUCGAAACAUAGCUGUCUAUGGGCUCUGGCGGCGCGUACCGAUGCCCUCCAGGAAUUGGUCUGGCGUAUGGACCAAGUCCUUGAGGACCUUCGUGAUGAUCGGCGCUAUCCGUUCACUGUUCUUCUCGGUGGGACACACCAUCCACACGACACACACACACACACACACACAGAACAAGCGAACAUCAUACACAAAAUUUCCCAGCCACGGUCGUGUUUGUAUUCCAGCAGCUGCCCCAACGUACUACAGCUGACACGUCAAGCUCGGAAACGGCGUCGACGAUUCCAUCGAUGACGUCCGCUGGCACAUCAGUCUGCUCCUUCUUGGCGCCUUCUGCAUACAUAUCACGGCAUGACACAGCACAAAGAAAGUGAUUCCAGUACUUGUCGAGCGGUGUUUGUGGCGUCCUUCACCUGUUUUCGGCGUGAGGAAGGUGCCGGGCUGCUGCGGCGGGGCGGCCGACGCAGAGAGGAUGAGGGCCACCAGGGCGGCUACCGCUACAUUCCCCCUCAUCUGGGCCGUAUACAGGGAAAUAUCAGGGCAGGCUUUGAGCGGCGGUU